AUGAGCAAAAAGUUCAAAUCCCAGGCGUCAAGCAGUCGGGCAGCUGGUGGUGCAUUUGGAGGAUUCGGAGGGUUCUCCUCGCUUGGGACGAGUCAAGGGAGAGAGCUCUCCUCUCUUACAUACGUCGCUGAGCCUCCCGACCUAUCGAGAAUCUCCGAACCGCAAUUGGCGAUCGCAUUCAAGAACUUUUCGAAGAAAGACGAAGUCACCCGAACGAAAGCUCUAGACGAUAUACGGUCCUACGUCUCUGAUGUAGAGAAGAAUGGUGGCACUCUUGAUGACGGUUUCCUAGAAGCUUGGGUACGAAUAUAUCCUCGGGCAUCGAUUGAUGUCUACCGAAGAGUGAGGCAGACCGCGCAUUCAGUUCAAGGGUCUGCUGCUAGCCUCGUGGGGAAGCGCAUCGCCCGCUUUCUCCCCAAAGUGAUUGGGGCGUGGCUGGCUGGAGUUUAUGACAACGAUAAACCGGUUCAUCAAUCGGCAUUAGAGUCCUUUACUCGGGUCUUUUCUACUGACGAAAAGAGAGCUGGCGUGUGGAAGAUCUAUCAAAGCCACAUUUUGGACUUUGUCGAUGAUGUCAUUCUUCAACAAACUCCUCACACGCUAAGCGAUGAAAGAACAGUCAAGCCUGAUGAUGCGGAGGCUAAGUACGCGCGUGUAGUCGGAACUGCUAUCCUGUUACUCAAUCGCGUAUUAGGGAACACCACGAAAGAAGAUCGCCAGAGUGAUUCGCAUACGCUAGUAAACUUGCUCGGCAGCAAAUCACUGUGGGCAUUUUGCUAUCAUAAUGAUCCAUUUGUUCGCCGCUCACUUUAUAUUCUACUUCGAACUGCCGUCUCCGGAGAACCCGAGGAGUUGGACUGGAAGCUGCUCAGCGCAGCCUUGAUCGGUAAAUCACUUUCUGUUCCGCAGCUCGGGUCUGCGUCUGAGCUUUCAGAGACGUUGCUACUCGUGACAUCCAUACGCCCGCAAAUAUGGACCACUGACUAUUCUGGAAAGAGCUCUGCUUCUAAACGGUUGCUGCAAUAUAUUCGAAAGGGCUCUCAGAGUGGACCGGAGGUGUUUUGGUCAAACCUAUAUCAGCUACUGCAGCUUGUUCCGAUACAGACACUGGCAAGCUUGGACUCGAAUUCGACUGGUGAUAAUAUUGGAUUGGCGAGCGCAACAGCUUUGAUGGAUGCUCUGCAUGAAGGGCUGAGCUCAAGGGACGAACCUCAGCAGAAUAGAACGCUUGGCUGGAAGAUUUAUGUUGAAGUGGCCAUGUGGCUUGCUCAGGGACUCAACGAUAAUGACACGGUCAAGCUCCUACAAGACAAGCUUUGUCCGUUAGUGGUGCAGCAUGUGAAACCCGAACAGGAAGGAUCGCGGUGGUCUCUACCCGCGCAGUCUUCUGAAGCUAUUUGCUCCGAAUACCUAACGGCUCUGCUUGCGUUUGGUUAUGAGGUUUCACUCAACGAUCUGUGGACCAGACUGGCGAACGAUUUACUCGAGGCCGUUCGACUAUCUUCGCCCGAACAAUCGAAAGACUUCAGAAUUUCGCAGGACGCAGUGUGUGCACAAGCUAGACGCCUUUUCUCAAUGGAAAACUCUCUAUUGUCGCAUCUCGCAGAUAGAGAGUACGAGAUCAGCACGCUACGUACACUUGAAAGUCUGACUUUGGGGCUACUCAACGAUUGCUUGCAGGUAUUACAGACUCGGAAAGGUAAGCCCUAUGGGGCAGCGGCAGUUGUUGAAGAGAUGGUGCGCCAGGUCCCGCAAAUUGCGCAUACGUCGCGGGAGCUCCAGGAAUUCGUUCAAAACGAUGCGCCAGAACUCCUGUACUCUCCUUCCGGUGACCGAAUCAUCACAAUUGCCCUUGCCUGUCGUUCCUGGCCUGGUUUCGGUUCGAGCUUUGAGAUGGUCGUCAAGCAAGUUGCACAGCUCGAAAAUGUCAUGACUAAUGCAACCGCUGUUCAGAAGCUGCUUUUGAGCAUCGAUUUUAAUGAAGUGGAUAAGGAGAUUAUUGGACCAGUAAUCAUGCGGGCUUUGGAACUGGCUUCGAGAGGAAGCCAGCUACAUUGGUCGGUCGUUAUUGCUGCUCUACAGAACCCGACAUCCCAGGGCGAGAUGGAAGACUCGAUAUUCCUCUCUCUUGUUGAUAUCCUGUCCUCGGAAGAAGAAGUUGCUAAUGCUCUGCGCGGGCUAACUCAAAUAGCUUCCUCUGUCCCCAGUGCUGUUGCAAGAUUUCAGAGUGGUUCUCAAGGUUCGAAACUGGCAGGCAAGCUUCUGUUCCUGACGGAAUCUCCAUCGGAAGAGGUUGCUGCCCUCACAGAAUCAUUGUUAGGUCUGUUAAAGAAGUCUGUAGUCGGGGAAACAAGCACGAAGGCGAGCCUCGAAAUUCUGCGGCAGAACCUUGCAAUAGUCAAUGAGGAAUCCUUGUCAAUUGAAUCUCUAUUGAGCAUUGCCGAAGAGUUGUUGCGCAGCUCUAAACCUGAAGAUGUUGCACAGCUCUCUAAGGACAUUUUACCUUCACAACCGAUGUGGGAAGAAGCUUUGGGACCUUUCCUCGAACUUCCACCACGUUUAUCGACCGCUAUCACUAGUCCACUUUCAGGCAUCGUGCAUCUAGUUGACCGAGGGUUAUCAGAGACAUUCUCCCAACGUUACGAGAAUAUUGCACGCGAUUCAAGUCAAUGCUCAGCCGCGUUUCGACUUGCCCAUUAUACUGUUCGGGCCCUGUCUUCUUUGGAUAUCACCGAGCAUAUCGGCCUGGAGGAAUUUGAGGUCUUAUUUUACAACCUGCCCCUCGUGGUACAAUUGAUUGAAGACGAUCUCGUCAUUGAGGGAUAUAAUUAUAUCGCCGGAUCCCUGACUCAGGAGCAGCGAGAAGAGUACGCAAACAUUGCUAGGGAUGCGCGAAAGAUUAUUCAGGGAUGGUCUUCAUCUACCCGACAAAUUGCGUCCACGGGCGGAGCCGUUUCUGCCACCAUUGCUUCUGUCUGGGAAACAAGGCUUGAGAAUCUGCAAGGUAUAUCGCCGGUAGAUUACCGGGUUGGACAGGCCUUUACGCAAGUCAUGGAAAGCGUGGACCCAUCCUCUAUCGCACUCUCUUCUGAGGCGAUCGGGCAACUGUGCAGAGGAAUGCGGACAGACAACCCUAUUCGUUCUGCUGCUCGGAUGGCUCUUCUGCGACGAUCUAUUCUUCAAAAUCCGGCCGGAGUUCGAGCCUGCAAUGAGUUUGUAGCAGACUCUACCGGACUAAAGGUCGAAGAUGAGACGGGAAAUGGUCUUCGAAAGCUGUCGCUGCUCAACCUUCUUCUGUCUGAAGAGGAGGACCUUAACCCGAUGAUGUCCAUGCCAACUCAACGGUUGAUAUUUUUCGUCAAGCAUCUUAUACAGUGCCUCCAAUCGGAGCAAAUAUCACUAAGCCUCACAGCCGAAGCCCUCAAGGCUCUGACAUUUGCACUUCCCAACGUAAAGGAGAUGUAUGGCCCCCAUUGGGAAGAUUGCUUGGAGCUACUCAAUUCAACAUGGCGAAACAUCGGUGGAGCAGAUGGUGCUCUGCCUGUCCUAUAUGCAUCUUACCGACUCUACAGCUGCCUGGACUCCAUUGUCAAGGAUGACGAUAGUAAUGAUGACGUGAAGGACGCCUGGGCUGACCGGAAGAAAGCUUUGCUCAACAACUUGACAUCGACUCUAUGGAUAUUUGACUCCUCCACAACCUUUAAUUUGCCGCGUGACCUCACCGUCGACCGGUUAUGCGACUUAAUCAAGACUCUCCCGGUCGAGGAUCUCGAGAACGUCGCCAAGGUUUUCCCUCUUCUGACUGCCCACAGCCUGCCUCUCCAGCAUACAGCCUACACUCUCCUCCACCGUUACAUCCCGAGUGUGCAAGAGCAGGUGUCAUUUGACGUGGCAUUGUCCAAAUCGGAGGUCAAGCUCCCGUACGAACUUAUAUCCCUGCUCCUUGGGGCACCGACGAUGGAGUCGAUAUCUGCCACAUACGGCGAUGACAAGACCUGGGCUGAUAUUAGGUCCUAUCUGUUGAGCUGGAAAUUGGUCUUUGAUCACUUUGUAAAUGCGUCUCUGGCUCUUCAAGAGCAGUAUGCAUCUGACAUUAAGGAGCACGAUGUAUUGGCUCCACUGCUAGAGUUCAUGUUCGAUUUUCUCCAAAAAGGACAUGGAAAGCUUGUGGAUGCCUCGAAGCUGGAUAUCCGUUCCUUUGAACCCUGUCAGUCAGAAAACUACGAAAAGGAGACACAAUGGUUGCUUGUUCAUUUGUACUUGUUAUCUUUGAAGCACCUUGCCAACUUGACUAAAGCCUGGUGGAUCGACUCAAAAAAGCGCACCAAAGGCCCGGUGGAAGCGUGGACAGAGAAAUUUAUCUCACCGUUAGUUGCCGAGGAUGCUCUGGAAAGGGUAACUCAAUGGAUGUCAACCCAGGAUCCAAACGAGGAGCGAGCGCUCAACGUAAAGAUUGCAUCGAAAACAGCCGAGAUCAUCGCGAGCAUUCCAAUUGACGAAGACUCGCCACCCGUCUCACUCUCAAUAUCCCUCCCUCCUGCAUAUCCCCUGCACCCCGCCCUGGUCGUCGGUCGAAGCCGAGUGCUGGUUGACGAAAGGAAGUGGAAGAGCUGGCUCCUCACGAUCCAAGGAGUCAUCAUGUUCUCCAACGGCGCCCUCGAAGACGGACUGCUAGCAUUCCGCAGAAACGUGCAAGGCGCACUAAAGGGCCAGAGCGAGUGUGCGAUUUGUUACUCGGUCAUUUCGACAGAUAUGCAGACGCCGAACAAACGGUGUGCGACGUGCAAGAAUGCCUUCCACUCGGUCUGUCUUUUCCGGUGGUUCAAGAGCAGUAACCAGAGCACUUGCCCACUGUGCCGGAAUCAUUUCAGCUUCGCAUGA